AAGGUAGUUUAUUAUCACAUCCGGGUGACAGUGGCAACAUGCUUUUCAUCGCAUCUUAGGCUAGUUUAUUUGGUAACACACAGUAACCAUGCCUCUAAUAGUGAUGUGUGGUUACCCCUGUAGUGGUAAAACACGGCGGGCAGAAGAACUGAAGGUGUAUUUUGAACAGAGCACAGAGCGAAAGGUUCAUAUUGUGGGAGACGGAGCAUUGGGCGUUGAGAAAAACAGUGUUUACGCAGAUUCCCAAAAGGAAAAAAACGUCAGGGCAUCUCUGAAAGCUGAAGUAGAGAGAAAAGUCAACAAGGAUGACAUUGUAAUUUUGGACUCAUUAAAUUACAUAAAAGGCUACCGCUAUGAAUUGUUCUGUCUCAUCAAACAUGCACAGACACCACACUGCCUGGUGUACUGUUUGACGUCAGGUGAACAGAGCUCAUCGUGGAACACCAGCAGAGAUGCUGCAGAGCAGUACACACAGGACAUCUUUGAUGCGUUAGUUCUGAGAUUUGAAGCUCCAGACUCCAGAAACAGAUGGGACAGUCCUCUCUUCACCAUCCUGAAAGACGACACACUUCCAUUUGAAGCCAUUUCUGACGCACUUUUCAAAAGAAAAGCACCCCCACCUAACCAGUCUACUCAGAGUCAACCACUGUCGUCUGCAAACUUCUUGUACGAGUUAGACAAGAUCACACAAGACGUGUUAAUGAGCCAGCUGCACAAUGGUGGAAUGGGAAGAAACCAGUAACAUUAUCCGAACGUCACCGAUCAACAUCAGAAUCUCUGAAUGUGUCAGCAUGAGCUACAAAUAUUGUUUACUCGCAAGGACAAGAGCUUGUUAAAGAUCUUGUUGUCACUAUAAUCAGCAGACAAUGUGUUUCAGUGGUAGUUCUUUUGAUUUAUGCUACAGUUGAUAAGAAGUAUUGGCUCCUAAUUUGCCCGUGUGUCCUCCCUCUAGACAUGGGUGACGUCAAGCUUAAUCCAUAAUUGCUAUGUGUAACCUGCUUUGUAAAGACUGUUGUUCCUGUAAUUAUUUAUCGGCCUGUUGAUGUGUCUGUGAUGUCUUGUGUCUGCUAAUUGCUGUUAGCCAAUAAGAUUUACCUGCUCUGUUUCUUU